AAUAAUGUGAAAUUUAAUAAAUAAAAAUAUUAUGAAACUUAGUUUCAUCAAACAUAAUAUGAUGUGAUUAUUUUUGAUUGAUGAGUGAUUAAUUUUCUUAAAGUGAUGGAUGAUAAUUAUAUAAAAAUUAUAAUAAAAUGGAUACAAUAAGAGUGGUUGGUGAUUAUGUGCGCGAGAGAUCGCCGUUUUCGCUGGACACAUGGUUCGGCCGUCCGAAGAAAGCGCCCGGCGGGCCGGAGCGCGGGUACGACACAGUGCCGCGCGCGGAGCCCCGGCCCGACGACGAGGAGCCCGCCGCGGAGUAUACGAGCAAGAUAGACGCGUUGGAUGAUGACCAGCUCGAGAGACGGUUUGAGGAAAUGCUGACGGACAUGAAUAUAGGAGAAAAGAAAAAAGAGCCGCUAAGAAAAUACUCGAGGGAUCAAAAGAAGAAGAUGUUGGUUGCGUACAAAUUUGUUAAUACCCAGGAAGGCCGUUCAAAAUUCGAGAAGCCCUCCGACUACGUGUCAUAUUUAAACCAACCAGAACUUUCCGUGGGUAAACUACACAGUUGUUUGGAAAACUUACGGAUAUCCCUGACUAAUAACCCGUUAUCCUGGAUAGAGGACUUCGGUAGUAAGGGAAUAGAGAGCUUGCUGACUACCCUCAAUGUUUGUUAUACGAAUGACUCCCGCUACGACAGAGUACAGUACGAGAGUAUAAGAUGUCUGUCCGCCAUUUUGAAUAACACAGUCGGUAUUCGAGCCGUGUUCGAGUGUAGAGAAGCUUUACCAGUGUUGGCGCGAAGUUUGGACGCUAGGAAACCGCAUUGUGCAUUGGAAGCGGCUAAGGUGCUAGCAGCAAUAUGUCUAAUUCCAAACGGUCACGAGAAAGUUCUAGAAGCUAUAACAAUGGCGGGCGAGUCGAGUCGAAAGCCUCGACUGUUGCCAAUAGUCGAAGGACUGCAUCCGAAAGCACCGGAGAGUUUGAAGAACGGUUGCAUGCAACUGAUGAACGCAAUAAUCACGGAACCCGAAGAAUUGGAGUUCCGUAUGCAUUUGCGAAGCGAGUUUAUGAGAACUGGAUUGUAUGAUCUUAUUGAGGACUUACGAGCGGGUGCGGAAGAAAAUGGACGAUCCAUACAAAUGAAUGUAUUCGAUACACACGCGGCGGCUGACCAAGACGAGUUUUUGGCUAAAUUUGAUGACGUCAGAGUGGACUUCCAAGAUGUGAAUGAAUGCUUCGAGCUCGUCAAGAAUCUGGUGAUGGAGACACCGGCUGAACCGUUUCUAUUGUCGAUAUUACAGCAUUUGUUGUUUAUAAGAGAUGAUGAGUUGAUUAGGCCAGCAUACUACAAGCUGAUAGAGGAAUGCGUGACGCAAAUAGUCCUGCACAAAAAUGGCUACGAUCCGGACUUCAGGCUGACACAACGUUUCAAUAUUGAUGUGCAACCGUUGAUCGACGGCCUUAUUGAAAAAUCACGAGCGGAAGAGGAAAAAAAAGUAGAAGAGUUAAGAUCUAAACUCGAAGCAGCCAUAGCAGCAAGACAAGAAGCCGAAGCCAGGGUCACUCACUUGGAGGAGAGGAUGAAGAGCAUCUCCACACCGAGCGGGCCGGGGGGAGUGUCGCAGGGGAAUAUAGCCGCUAUUGCUAAGGCGAUAGGCAGUCCCGGUGGUCCACCGCCACCGCCACCGCCGCCUAUGCCUGGAGGAGGUCCUCCCCCACCGCCACCACCGCCGUUGCCGUCAGGUGGGGCUCCACCACCACCGCCUCCUAUGCCAGGCGGCGGUCCCCCCCCUCCCCCCAUGCCCGGCAUGGCUGGUCCCCCCCCACCACCGAUGCCCGGCAUGGGCCCGCCCCCUCCCCCUCCUCCCCCCGGCAUGGGGGGACCGAGGCCACCACCCCCUCCCGGGGGGAUGAUGAUGCCGAGGAUGCCUCAACCGGAUAUACUCCCGUACGGUCUGAAGCCGAAAAAGAAGUGGGAAGUAGAGGGACCAUUGAAAAGGGCCAAUUGGAAAACGAUCGUACCGCAAAAGAUGUCGGAAAAAGCUUUUUGGGUCAACGUACAAGAAGACAAACUAGCCUCCCCGGAUAUACUCAACGGGCUAGCGCUUAAGUUCUCAAGUAAACCGGUCGCUAAGAAAAACGAGGAUGCUGUUGAUAAGGUGCACACAUUGAAAAAAGUGAAGGAUCUCAAAGUAUUGGACUCUAAGGCGGCUCAAAACUUAUCAAUUCUUCUUGGCGGGUCACUAAAGCACAUGUCCUAUGAACAUAUAAGGCAGUGUAUACUGAAGUGUGAUACAACUGUGUUAAACGCUAAUGUACUGGAUCUGCUUAUACAGUACCUCCCACCAGCGGAUCAAAUGAAAAAACUCGCGGAACUAAAGUGCCAAAGCUCCGACCUAACUGAGGCUGAACAAUUCGCGGCCACUGUAGCGGAUAUCAAACGUUUGGGACCAAGGUUGAGGAGUUUGGCCUUUAGAGAACAUUAUGCGGAGAUUAUUUCGGAGGUCAAACCUGACAUAGUAUCAGGAACGGCGGCUUGCGAAGAAGUGAGGUCCAGUAAAAAGUUUGCUAAAAUACUAGAAUUGCUCCUCCUAUUGGGCAAUUAUAUGAACACGGGGUCUAAUAAUGCUGGCGCGUAUGGCUUCGAGAUCAGUUUUCUUACUAAGUUGACAUCAACGAAAGAUCUAGAAAACAAACAGACGCUCCUACAUUAUUUAGUAGAUACGAUAGAGAGUAAGUUCCCAGAUGUGCUCAACUUCGCUGAGGAAAUGCCACAUAUAGACAGAGCGGCUCGUGUAUCAAUGGAGAGUCUACAGAAAUCUCUAAAGAAAAUGGAAAACGACAUACGUUCACUAGAAACGGAUUUAAAUAACUCCCGAGUGCCGCAGAGUCCCGAUGAUAUGUUCCACGAGUGUAUGAGUAAUUUCGCAACAGAAGCGCGGGAACAGUGCGAUCUACUCCAUUCGAUGUAUCGCAAAAUGGACGCACUAUACACCGCGCUGUCCGAGUACUACGUGUUCGAUCCGCGCAAGUACACGCUCGAGGAGUUCUUCGCUGACAUAAAAACGUUCAAGGACUCGUUUGCGACGGCGUACCAAGAGAACCUCACGAUACGCGAAGCGGAAGAGAGAGCUAGGAGAGCGAGAGAGACCCGCGCAGCGGCCGAGAGAGAGAGGAGAGACCGCCAGCACAGAUACAAGCAGUUCGUGGACAUAGAGCACGCGCAGGACGGCGUUAUGGACAGUCUAAUGGAAGCGUUGCAAAGCGGUUCUGCGUUCAGUAGAGAGCGGCCGAGAAAGAAAGCGAAUCCACGAGUGGCUGGAGCUGAGCGAAGAGCGCAAUUGAACCGAUCAAGAUCGCGGUCCGGUCUCACGGGACCUCUCACGGCUAGGGAGUUGACGAAUGAGUUGCUGAGCAACGCGUGAUGUCAUCAACAGUGAUACUAGUGUAUAUCUAACGUAUAAGUAGGUAUAUGUAAUAAUUAUUAAAAAAAUGUUUUUUACGGCCUAAUCGUACUUUGUAUCUGUGUGUACGCGGCUUUAUAUGUGAUGAGUCGGUCUGUGUGAACGUGCCUUUAUGUUUUAGUUUAUCUGUGCUAUUAUGAUUUUUUUGAAUACUUUUGAAGAAAAAUAAGAAAUUUGGAAUUUUAAUUUAGAUAAUAAGGAAAAAAUUAUAUUAUUUGUGUAGUAAUGUAUGGCUUUUAAAUAUUAUUGUUAAAAAAAUUUGGUAUGUUUUAUUGGGUUUUUUCAAUUAUCUUUGUAAUGUUACGCUAUGUUGAUUUUGAUGAGACUUUUUAAUAUAUUUAAUGGUUAUUUUAUAUGUAGAGUAACUGCGUGGCCUAAAGACAAAAAUUAUGACAAAUAGAGUUUUAAUUUUAAACCUACAGUCCAGUAUUUUAACAGAAAAGAAUUGAUUUAAUAAGGUCACAUCAUAUUAUAUUUUACAAAAAAUCUCAUCAAAAUCGAUUCAGCAAUUUUACAUAUCACAUCGACGAACAGUCGCGUACACAAGCCAAUCGUCAGUCGGCUUCCAUCCAAAUAGCCUGUAUAUUAUAAUAUAUCAUUAUUAUAAUAAUAAAUAAUUUUUGUAAAUCUCUUUUAUAUUGUAAAAACGCUUUUUUAUAUAUAUAUAGAUUAUAGUCUAGGAGCUGCCUAUAAAAUUUUAUAUAUAAGUAUUAUUUUUUAUAUAUUUGCGAUGCGUUACUCGAUUUAAUUGUGUAGCUUUUAUAAAAAGACAAAUAAUUAAUGUUUUUAAAACCCCGAUUUGACAGAAACAAGGAUUUUUGUUACUAAAUAAAUCACAUUAAAAUCAGCUCAUUAGUUUUUGAGAUAACAACAAACAAACAGACAAAAUAUACCUCCUUAACAAUUAGUAUAGAUUCUUCAUCCUUCCUCACCGUGUAUGUUAUAAUUGUAUUAUACACAAAAAAUAACUUUUUACAAAUCAUUAUUUAUUUGUAAUGGUUAAAACAAAUAGAAAAUAAAUUUAAAAGACAAUUUGGAUAUUAUUUAAAAAAAAAAUAUUUCUUUUUUCUCUAUUCUCAGUAUAAAUUUUGCUUUCCUUAAAAAAAGAUUUCACAAUAAUUAUAUCCACUUAUUUAUUAUCUCUUUCUUUUCUUUUAUCUAACUUUUGAUUUCUGGCUCAAAAUAUUAUUUUUCCAAUAGUUUAUAAUAUUUUUUUUUUAAAUAAACAAAACAUAUUACAAAUUAAUCAUUCGUCAUUCAUACAGUCCAUAAUUGAGAUAUAAAAAAAAUACUAAUAAUAAUAUUGAAUAUAAUUUGAUGCAUUAACACAAAAAAUUGGUUGUCUGUAAAGUCGGUUUACUGACGAUAGUUGAACGUGACA